UAUAUAAAGCUUAAAAAGAUCCCAAAGCCCUUAGAAUCUAUCCUCCUUGUAUCCACAAAUCACAUCUUGCCAUCAUUUAUUAUCUCUCUCCAAAAAUAUCCAUCUCUCUGCCUUAACUUCUCUGUGUAUAUCAGAGAGAGGUUGAUUAGCAGAACCAACAUAAUUCAUUGGUGGUGCCAUACAUGGAGAUUGGAUCUUCUUCACCUCCACAAAAUCAAAAGCCUUUAACAAGGCUGAACAACUAUGUUGCCAGAACCCGAGUUGGUAAGAGAUUCAAACUUGCUGAGCGUAACUCAACCUUCACAACCGAGUUACGUGCUGGCACCGCCACCUUCCUUACCAUGGCAUACAUCUUGGCAGUCAACGCUUCCAUCCUCACCGACAGCGGCGGUACAUGCAGCGUUUCUGAUUGUAUCCCACUAUGUUCGGACCCUACAGUAUCAGUUUCCAACUGCACCGGGUCAACUGGUCUUCGAGUAAUCCAACCCGAUGCGUCAUGCAAAUUCGACCCAGUUAACCCGGGAUACUCUUCUUGUUUAGAGAAGAUACGUAAGGACCUGAUAGUAGCCACUGUCGCAUCUUCUCUUAUUGGCUGUUUAAUCAUGGGUGCAUUUGCCAAUCUCCCAUUGGCUCUGGCUCCGGGUAUGGGCACUAAUGCUUAUUUUGCUUACACGGUUGUCGGGUUUCACGGGUCGGGUAAUGUCUCAUAUAAGAGUGCAUUAGCUGCCGUGUUUAUUGAAGGCGUGAUUUUUUUAGGCAUUUCAGCAAUUGGGUUACGUGCGAAAUUGGCUAAAUUAGUCCCUAAACCGGUUCGGAUCAGCUCCUCUGCUGGUAUCGGACUUUUUCUGGCCUUCAUCGGGUUACAGAAUGGUCAAGGAAUCGGUCUAGUUGGGUACAGUUCAUCUACUCUAGUAACGCUUGCAGGGUGUCCAAGUUCAUCACGGGCGUCGUUAGCUCCUGUUAUGACGUUAGCUAACGGGACUGUGAGUUUGAUCCCGGGCGGUACCGUUUCCGGCGGUAUCUUUUGCCUCCGGGACAGGAUGGAGAGCCCUACUCUAUGGCUUGGCGUGGUGGGAUUCGUUAUAAUCGCUUAUUGCCUAGUGAAAAAUGUUAAAGGGGCUAUGAUUUACGGGAUUGUUUUUGUAACGGCCAUUUCAUGGUUCCGUGACACCAAGGUAACGGUGUUUCCUAACACGGAAGCAGGUGAUGCCGCACAUGAAUAUUUCAAGAAAGUUGUUGAUGUACAUGUUAUUGAAAGCACAGCUGGGGCGUUGAGUUUUAAGAGCAUUGGCAAAGGUUAUUUUUGGGAGGCUCUGAUCACUUUCUUAUACGUGGAUAUAUUGGAUACUACUGGCACCUUGUACUCGAUGGCUCGGUUCGCUGGGUUUUCAGAUCAAAAUGGUGAUUUCGAGGGCCAGUACUUCGCCUUCAUGUCGGACGCCUCGUCAAUUGUCGUCGGGUCAUUGCUGGGCACGUCACCGGUGACGGCAUUCAUCGAAUCGUCAACAGGAAUUAGGGAGGGCGGGCGGACGGGUCUGACCGCUCUAACCGUGGCAGGGUAUUUCUUCUUGGCCUUUUUCUUCACGCCGUUACUGGCAUCCAUACCAGCAUGGGCAGUGGGCCCACCGUUGAUAUUAGUGGGAGUUCUGAUGAUGAAAUCAGUGGUCGAGGUAGAGUGGAAUGAUAUGAGGCAAGCCAUCCCAGCCUUUAUGACGUUGAUUUUAAUGCCUUUGACCUACUCCAUUGCAUACGGCUUGAUCGGAGGGAUCGGGACUUACAUGGUCUUGCACUUGUGGGACUGGGGCGAUGAGUUCUUGGUAAAGCUUGGCGUUAUAAACAGGAGCAAUGGUGGUGGCGGUGGGGCCAAUGGGGUGCAUGACCACCAGGAUGGAAGCGUGAAAUCGCCUGGAAUUCAUGUCUAGAUAGAUACAAGAUGAUGGAUAGAAUAGAAUAUGUUGGUUAAUUGCUUUUGGCCCCUUUCAGGAUCUCGACCUUUUCAAUUAUUUAGGCAAUGAAAUUGUGGAAGCACAAGGGUUGACAAGGAAAGUCCUUGUAAAUAUUUAUUAUUAUCGUGUAGUAAAACUCAUUAUAAUUCUUGUU